UCAAAGUAGAAAAAUUUAAGGCGAAACAAAAGUUGAAAGAGACGAAAAAAUAAAUUCAUCUUGUGCGUGUAUUUAGUGAAAAUAAAUUUUUAAUUUAGUUAAUUUAAUCAAAUUUUAAUUGUUAAACAGUGAUUCCGUUCAUUUAAAUUAAGUUUUCUUUAAACAAAUUCAUAUCAAAGUCAAACGUCCAACCACAAAGAAUGAAAAAAUAAUUGAAUUCAGUUAGCAUAGCACAACAACACCAACAACAAAAAAAAAUACCUGCAAACUCGGAAAAAAUAUUGUAGAAGACAAGAAAACCAGAAGUAUCAGUAAAGGGAAGAAUACAAUCACAAAAGAGAAUACACAAAAAUUCGUGGAAAACACAAAAAUACACAAAAACGAAACAUAAAAACGUUGUUAAUUACCAAUUAAAUAAAUGGAUUUUUGUGAAAAUUUCUUCGGUUCCAAAAGCUAAAACAAAUAAGAAUUGUGUGAAAAGCUCACUUGUAAUCCCCUCCGAUUAAAUGGUGCUAAUACAAUAACAAAUACACCUGCUGAAAUAAACAGCAGGGCGUCCUUGGUAAAUUGAAAAAUUUUCACGGUUUUUUCGCUUUACCGAACCGAACGAUAAUGAAAAAUGUCGGCAUAAAGAAAUUUGUCAGCUCGGAGUGUCUAGAAUUGUUGUGGACCUGCCCGGACAACAUUAAGAUAAUUGCAGAACAACACCAAAGGGUUGAUUUUGUAUGAAUGUCUAUAUAACAAUUUAAAAACAAAAUAAUAGUAAAACUAAAAAGCAAACAAUAGCAAAGUGAAUACACAACAAACAUUUAUAUACAUACCUUUACACACAACUCCAUAACCCAGCUCUUCGUCUCCGUCACCCUUUAUGGAAAAAGUCUUGCCAAAAAUUGAAAUAAUUGUUUGGAAGCUCUGUCGUUUUUUGCCGAUUACAUUGUAAAUUUUGUUUUUUAAUUGUUAUAUUUAGUUUAAAUGAAAGAUAUAAAACAAAAAAGUGAUUUUAGUUUACAAUUAAUUUUCCUUAAAAUCUAUGAGCAUUAAAUCAAAAUGAAAAUCAGCUCCCUCCCUUGUUGUGUCACAUCGUCAUCAACACCACUCCUACCACUACUACUGUCGGCGUUUCCAUCAUUAACUGUCUCAGUCUCUGAUCCUGUUGCAAAUGAAAAAACACUCAACAUCUUUGUCGCAACAUCAAAGGAAGUAAUUUUUAACCCGUCCACACCCACUCAACAAAAAACCUUUCGUCGUCGUCUUCUUAACUUUGCAAAUGUCAAAUUUACUUUGUUUUUGUUAUUUGCUGCUCUUCUUAGCAUCUUAAUGACAGUGGUAGUAGCAGCAGCAGUACUUUUACGUUUGUUUGUCCACAACACGUAACUUCAAAGAUUUGAAAAGUUCGUGUUAAUAAUGAAAUGUAAUUAAAAACUGCACCAGUGUUUAAACAAUUAAAGUUAAAAAAUAAAACAUAAUUAAAAUAAGAAAUAAAAAAACUUAAAGUUAAGCAAUUACAAACAUAGUAGAGUGAAUUAAAUCAAUUUAAUAUAAAAAUUAUAAAUUAUUAAGCUACGAUAAAUCUCUUUAAAAAGUGACAGACGAAAUCAAAUUAUUCACACCUCAAUAAUUGUUACCCAUUUGUUUUUCCAAUUGUGUUUGUUUGGCAUUUCCCAUUUUAUGUUCUUAUGGCCUUGUAUUAUUGCCUUCCGAUUUGAAAAUCUUCCAUGCCCUAAUAUUUUAAAUAAAAAGGGCUUUAGCGAAUUGUAAUUGUAUGUAAUGUCUAAUUAGCGACUUAAAAUUACUAAAUUAAUUUAUAAAAAAAAACUACAACUACAUAAAUAUACAAUAUACAAAUAAUAAUAAUAUUUAAACAUACACGAAAUUAUUUAAAUAUAAUUAAUUAAUAAAUAAAUAAUUAACAUCACACAUUUAAUAAUUAAGAAGCAGAAUAAGAGGCAGUAGAAAAAUACAUAAAGAAUCAUUCAGUAAAGCGAAGAAAUACUAACGAAAUACAGGAAGAGAAACUUAUUUCGAACUAAUAUUAUAAUUUCAAUUAUAAAUACAAAACAUAAGCGCCAUUUAAACGAGUUAAAUUUGAAAAAGGAAAAUUCAAAAAGCCAUUAACAUUUCGUUCAAGUGGCAUGAGCCAUACAUCGGGUUACCGAAAAUAUGAUGAUAAUGAGUGUAGUGGGCCAAGACCACCUGUACCCGGAGAAGAAUGUCGUGUUAGAAAGAUGACCGAAGGGCUGGGAGAACAUAUGCGUAAUUCACCACCAUCCUAUUUGAAUUGGGCCCGUACACUCAAUCAUCUACUUGAAGAUCGCGAUGGUGUUGAAUUAUUUAAAAAGUACGUGGAAGAGGAAGCGCCUGCAUAUAAUGAUCAUUUAAAUUUUUACUUUGCCUGUGAGGGUUUGAAACAACAAACCGAUCCAGAAAAAAUCAAGCAAAUUAUCCAGGCUAUUUACAGAUUUUUGCGCAAAAGUACACUGUCUGUAUCGGAAGAUUUGAGGCGUAAUAUUAAGGCUGGACUCAAAAAUGAAAUACCUCUCAGUCCAAAUAUAUUCGAUGAAAUGCAAAAACAUGUUGAAAACACAAUACGGGAUAAUAUUUAUCCAUCAUUUUUAUGUUCGGAAAUGUACAUCCUAUAUAUACAACAAAUGUCUGCUGCCCAUGAACGUUUUAGCAGUAGUGGCGGCCCAACAACGGGCCUCGCUAGCUGCAGUACUGGCAGCAGUAGUAGUAGUGGUGCUAGUUGUGGUAGUAAUAAUGGUGGCGGUGGUGCGGCAGCAAUAACAGCGGGAGGAGGUGGUGGAGCAUGUGCGUUGCCAUUUGCAGGCGCUUCCACUAGUAGCGGAAAAGUUAGCAGUUCAUUGGGUCCAAUUAUAAAUUUGCCUGCGAGUACUAGUGCCGCUAUUGGUGCUUCAACUGCUGGUAGUUGCAGUGCUAGUGGCAGCGUGUAUGGUCCCUCAACUUCAGCCAGCUCUAGCGGUUCCGUUAGUGCGACAGACACCCUACCUCGCAGCUCAACCUUACCCACCCUACAUGAAGAUUCGGAAUUGUCAUUAAGCGACGAUUUGGAAAAACUACGCGUUGAAGGCGGACGUGUAUCAGCUGAUAUGCCCAUGGGUAUGCGCUUAACACGUGAUUUAUUAUUGGCUACACAAAAGAGAAGACUGGAAAUUCGACCACCUGGUGCUCAUGGUUAUGUGUAUACAGGAAAAACAAAUACCUCCUAUGUACCGAAUUCCCGUGUAGAUUCUGAAAGGGCCAGUGUCAGUUCGGGCGGUAGAACUGAUUCUGAUACAAUGUCUCUUUCAAGCUGUUCUAUGGAUGGACGCCCAUAUAUUCAACGAAGACAUAGCUCUACUGAAACUAAAGCUAUACGUCAGAGUGCCUUGGCAAAUAAGGAAACAAAUUCCUUUCAGGUAAUACCUCGCACUCAACGUCUUCAUUCAAACGAACAUCGUCCCUUAAAAGAAAAUGAAUUAAUAGCGUUACUUAUACCCAAACUAGAGGAGGUUAAACGUAAACAAGACCUUGAAGAUCGAGGCCGAAUAGAGCAUUUCCCUGAGGAAUCUUUGCCGACCAAUGAAAGAAUUGCCAGUGAUCGUGCGUUUGCACAAGCCAUACGUGAAAAAUUUGCUAUCGACGAAGACAAUGAUCAGGAUAUACUUGAUCAACAUGUUUCCCGCGUUUGGAAUGAUCAGACCCCACAUCGUUCUCCUGGUACAAUGUCACCCUGCCCACCUUUACCAUCCAGAAGGCGUACCAUAACGCAUGACUCAGGCAUGUUGAGUGAUGGUGCCGUGAGUAUGAGUGGCCAUUCGAUGAAACACUCAAAAUCAAUGCCAGAUCAUAGUUCCUCAGCCAGGAAGCUAACAAAUAAAUGGCCUUCCAUGAAUACAGAUAGUGGCAUAAGCCUAUUCUCAGCUGAUACUCUAAUGAAGUACAAAGACAAUAGUUCACGUUCUGGCACGAGUACAGCCUCAAAAUUAGAAGAGACAAAAAGAAGACUGGAAGAUGAGACUAGACGGUCUCGUCGAUAUACCCAACAACAUAUGCUGCCACCAAUGCAACAGCAACAACAACCAUCAGCCUCAUUUAGUAACAGCAGCAGUGGCAGUAGUAGUCUACACCAUCAAUCGCUCCCGCCUCCAUUACCCGCUAAACCCCAAGAGACGACUACAGUUGUAUUUUCAUUUUGUGAUGAAGAAUAUCCCUAUAGAACUAAAAUACCCGGUACCCAACCCACACUAAAGCAAUUUAAGGACUAUUUACCCAAAAAGGGUCAUUUUAGGUUUUUCUUUAAAACACACUGCGAAGAUCCCGACAGUCCAGUUAUUCAAGAAGAAAUUGUCAAUGACAACGAUAUCCUUCCCUUAUUUGAGGGCAAAGUGAUGGGUCUCGUUAAACCAUCCGAUUAAUAAUAGUGUAAGUUUUAAGUUUUUAUACAUCAUCUGCAUGUAACAAAACGAUUCAAUAGAAGCAACAAUACAACUAUUAAAACCAACAUAAACACUUUAUUAAUUUAUAAUACGAUGAUAAGCUUACAAAAUUCAAAACAUAACGAAAAAUGCUAAAAUUGUGUAAUAGAACUAAAUACAUUUGUUUAUCAUUUUAACAUGACUGAUAAUAUUCUGAUAAUGUAUGUAAUUAAUUAAAUUUAUUUUUUUUUUCUUCUUCAAUAUGUAGUGUAUAAUUUGUUUUCCCUCAUAGAUUUUACUUUUAAUUUUGAGAGAAUUGUAUAUUUUGAAUGCAGAAUAUCCUUUAAAGAAAUUUUAAUCCAUUUUUAUAUUUAAAGUGGUAGACAGUGUUAGAAAUUUCUAAUUGAAUUUUAGAACUUUAAAAUUUCCAAGUUUCCUCCAAGUGUUUUGACUGAUCUGUUUUUAGAGUAGUUUUUAAGUAGAUAUUGCAUAACGCUCAUUUCUUUUUAGUUAUGCUAAUUAAAUGGUAAACAUAAAUCUAUGUUGAAUGGAUUAUAUAGGAAGAAAAUAAUCUUGAAAAAAAUCUGAACAGUCGAAGAUAUUCACUAAAUACCACCAUCGAAAUGAUAAUGCAAAGUAAGCAUGCCACGACUUUUGUUUUCAAUGUUGUCACACUAUUAUUACUCCAAAAACUAAUCAUAUUGUAGUAGUAGCCUCACCGUAAGAUUUUUAUUUCAUAUGUUGUGGUUGUAUACAACUUUUGGAAAUGGUGUAUUAUCAACAUACCCGGAAAAAUUGCAAUUAGCACAACGUGGUUGCGAUACAGUAGAAUUGAUGACUUGAAAUAAGCAUCCCCGACUAUUGUUUUCAAUGCUGCCACAAUACCGUGAAUAUAAAUUUACAAUAUCCAAGUUAAUUAAUGAUUAGAAUGAUGAAUGUUUUACAUUCACCUUAAUUAGUAACUAAACUUAUUUUUUUAUUAUAAAUUCAUACUUUGAGAAUUCAUUCUUUAUAUAAUUUAUAUCUUUCUGAAUCAUUUAACAUUUCUUAACUUCAAAACCAUUUCAAAGUAUAAUAUGUUUUUCUUCAAUUCUAUUACAAGUUAGCACCUUUUUCAUUAAUUUUGUUAAGUUAACACCGUAACAAAUUAAAUAAAGGACAAAUAUGUUAAUCCAAUUUGGACAAAAUUGUUUCCUAUAUUCCAUGUGAUUCUCAAUUAAUUUUUCAAAUAUUUCCAUAAAUAUAUAUGCAAAAGGACUGUUUUAACACAUAAGUGUGUUUUAUUCAUAUGUGUCAAUUCAUACAUAUUGAACACGAACGCAUACAUAUGUUGUUUAUACAAAAUGACAAACAAAAAUUUUAUUAAAUAAACAUAUGUCCUAACAUUUAUACAUAUAAUUAUAUUUUUAUUAUUAGAAAAUAUUCAGACUAAGUUUCGUAUUUUUAGUUCCACUUGUUUAGGCCAUAUCAUGUUAUUAACAGCAGAUGCUCGCUGUGGCGGUUCAACGUAUUUCCACAUAUUUUUGAUCAACUAAAAAUUUUAAUAUUAAAUUUCAUACCCCUUGGUCCUUUUGUUUUGACACUAUCGCACUUAAAAUUCAGUCGAUAAAAAAGAUGAAAACUAGAUAGGUAACUGAGAGCCAAAAACCUAAGACUGUUGUCAAAAACCUAAUUCAAGAGAAUGUGUUCCCAUUAAUUUUUUUAUUGUAUUACACAUACAUAUGUGUGAAAAGAGUGGAAUUUUGUUUGAUUUUUUUUUCAUUGGCAUUUCUCUCUACAUCCAUUCUAUGUCUAGUACUAUCAUAAAUUCUGGUACACGGAUUUGUCGUGAUAAAAUCGUAACAACAAUAAUGUUAAAAUAUAUUUUUUUAAUUUAUUAUAUUGCAUAUUUGAGGAUAUUAAAAGGUACGGUUAUUCAAAAUGGCCGUCGUUUGCCAGCACGACCUAUGUCCGACAAGCCUACCGCCUAUCGCAGUACGCACCCAAUUCAUAAGAAAAUUUACCACUCCCCGAAUAAGUGCACGCUUUAGGGAUUCCAAAUUUAAAUGACGAUUAAUGCAGACCAUAAUUUAUAAUCUAAAGAUUCAUACCUGGAUUACCAGAAGACCAAUCAUCAGUAGAAAUAAAAUUGGGCAAAUUGUUUUUUAGCCAGGUUAUUGUGUUAUCGUUGCCUUAUAUCCUGAGGGCCCUGCCCUGGUUAGUGAAUACACAACAUUCUCAAAAAUGUCGGAUGCUUACGAUGCUUAUCGAGAUGACGUAGCAUAGACUCUGUCAUUUUGUCUGUUGAAAAACUCCUCCUACUAAUGCGAAACUUUUCUCAUUUGUAAUCUGUAUCGGCAUUGGGAGUUCGCUAGCUGCGCUUACUGUUAACCUCUCUUCCAGUUUCUUCAGACAAUUUAACGUUUGCAUACACAAAAUUACGUGUAACACCUUUCGAAAAAUGUCGCCUGUUUCUAUGCCACAUUUUUUAGACCAACAAUUACAAUACGGUUUUGUAUAUCCCCAUUCCAUGAUGCUAAAUAACACAAGCCAAAAACUUUUAAUGCGUAAAUGAAUAAACAGUAAAGAUGACGCAUUUAUGGUCGGUACAUUUCAUACAGUAGGGACAAUAAUAAUUAUACCAGAACUUGUAAUAGACUGUGUAUUUUUUUUUUGUAAAAUGAGUUUGUUGUAACAUACGAUGUUUAUCUUUAAUAACCUAAUAUAGAUAGAUGUCUGGUAAUCUUCUUCCUUUCACAAAGUCCAUAUAAAUUCCAUUACUUAGAUGUGAGUAAAAAUCCGUUUUUACGUAUAUUGUAGUAUUUACCCUAACAAAUUAUUCAGUUUCAAAAAUUAUUGAUCGAAUAUUGUCAUAAUCUUCAAAAUAAGAUCGUACAUUAUUUUUAUUAAAUUCUACAUUUGUUAAAAUCAAUCUAGCAUGUAUAUUACUGAAAUAAUAAAUAAUUUUAGCAUUUUUCUCCUUUAGUCCCAAAGCGGAGAAUUCUGUAUUGUCUCAUUUAGGUUGCUAAUUGCUGUUCUUUUU